UCAAGCUACUGUGGUUUGUGGCUCGAGUCAGUUUCAAUUUAACUUCCGUAUGAGGUACGGUUUUAGCAAUUGGCACUAUUUUGGGUGUGUGUUUUGAACUUGUUUGUGCUAUGUGCUGAAAAAACAUUGUUGUACAACAAUCGCCGAAGAGGAUAAGCACAUUCAAAAAUGCAUGAUCGAACCAAAUGAUCCCGGUUUUCGGAAACGCGUUACAAUUACGGCAGCGGGACGGUCGCCAGUGGCGGCGUAGGCCAGUUUUUCCGUCUUCGCCGUCGUCACUCGAAUGGACGCGAACAGUGCCAGGGGCUCGACGGGUGCAUUGUCGAGCAGCGUCGAGAGUGUGACGGGCACGAUGCACCACUCGUUGUCGACGCCCGCAGGGGUGGACGGGGGCGCCCGGACGCCGCCCGCCACCCCUAAAAAGGGCGGCAAGAUGUUGGCCAUGCGGGUUCAAAUGUUGGACGAUACGGUGACGAUCUUCCAGGUUCAGGCGAAGGCGUUGGGGCGGGUGUUAUUCGAGCAAGUUUGCAAACAGCUGCAUCUACUGGAGGCAGAUUAUUUUGGAUUAGAAUACUCCGACGUACACGGGACAAAGUAUUGGCUGGACCUCCAGAAGCCGAUAUCGCGCCAACUCGGCCUAUCCCUGGUCGAUCCGUUGCUAUAUUUCUGCGUGAAAUUCUACACGCCCGAUCCCGCGCAACUCGAAGAAGAAUACACUCGAUAUUUGUUCUGUUUGCAGGUGAAAAGGGACUUGGCUCAAGGUAUUAUGCAAUGCAACGAAAACACGGCAGCCCUAAUGGCCAGUUACAUCGUUCAGGCUGAAUGCGGCGACUUCGUAGCCGAAGAUUAUCCCGAUCACACUUACCUAUCCAGUUACAAGUUCGUUCCGCAACAGGACCACGAUAUGGAAAAGAAAAUAAUGGAGAAUCAUAAAAAGCACGCCGGUCAGUCCCCCGCGGAGGCGGACUUAAAUUUGUUGGAGACCGCACGCCGCUGCGAACUGUACGGGAUGAAAAUGCACCCCGCGAAAGAUCAUGAGAACGUGCCCCUCAAUCUGGCGGUGGCGCACAUGGGCAUCUUGGUCUUCCAAAACUACACUAAGAUCAAUACGUUUUCGUGGGCAAAAAUCCGGAAGAUUUCCUUCAAAAGGAAACGGUUCCUGAUAAAAUUACACCCAGAGGGUUACGGUUACUACAAGGAUACGGUGGAGUUUUUUUUCGAAGGUAGGAACGAGUGUAAAAAUUUUUGGAAGAAGUGCGUGGAAAAUCACGGGUUCUUUAGGUGUUCGUCGGUGAAACACGUAUCAAGACAUAAGACAAGGGUACUGUCCAGGGGCAGCUCGUUUAGGUAUAGCGGGAAGACCCAAAAACAAGUGGUCGAAUUCGUUCGUGACAAUUACGUCAAGAGGCAGACGUUCCAAAGGUCCCACUCUUUCCGGCAUUCGAGUGCCCACUCGAGUGCCUCCAACAUGCAUACGAGCACUGUCGGGAACAGCAUUUCUGCCCACCCUCUCCUUCCUUUGGCUGACAGCAAUUUGAGCGUGGAAGCGUCCAAGCUCUCAGCGUCCCUGGGCUCGAUGGGACCCGGCAGAGCUAUUAUGGAACGACGCCCGGAUUCUCCGACGACGAAAUCAGCCUCUCACCGCCUCGGCACAGCUAUAUCCUGGAGCUCGGCCCCAGACACCACCAAUAUCAGUACGCGGGCCAUUGUUACGGUACCGCGGCCGCCGGCUGUUGCUCCGAUGACGAGCUCGCCCUCUCCGACGGAGACCCAGUCGGCGUCGGCCGCGACGUCUGCGACCGCGAGCCCGUUGGCCACGCCUCCCCGGGAAUCGGGACCCGCGCAUGCGGCGCUCACCAGGGCCAGCCAGCCGCCCCAGCCGCCGCCGAGGGCUACGUCACCCCUCGCCGUUCACGCAGCUGUUCACAGGGCCGACACAGACGACCAGAAAGAGCUGCUGAAGAUGAGGACGCAAAACAAGAGCCUCGACAACUUUUACACGUCGACGCCGACAAGUAAGACACCAAACGGCAACAUAUCCAAUCUAUCGUUGGACGUCGCCAACGGCAACUACAGCAUUCCGAAUUUGCACGAGAAAUCGACCAAUUACGAAACGGAACAGCUGAUGAACAGCCUCAACGCGAACAUCAACGCGGGUAGCAACGGAACCACGACCACCAUCAUCGCCGACAUCGAGAACGAUGUCAAAAAGAUCAAGCCGCGACAUCUGGUCGACAAAACUUACUUCAUCGCGAAAGAAAUUUUUAUGACUGAGCUCACUUACAAAAAGGACUUGGACGUUGUCAAUGUGUGGUUCCGGGACGAGGUCGGCAAAGACGAACCCGAGGAAUGUUCGAUACUGCUGUCAUUGAUCGCGCCUCUGGCUCAGGCUCACGGAUCGCUGGUCAAAGAUUUGGAAAAGCGGUUGCAGGGAUGGGACGGUAAAGGGGGUCCCAAAGCCUCCCCCGGACGAAUAGCAGACGUUCUUUUGGCUCACCUGCCUCCCCUCUUACCGUUUUACGAGGAAUACCUGGACGGGCACAUUGUCGUUCUCGAAAGGCUGGACACCGCGUUCAAGCAGAACGCCCACUUUGAGCGGCUCUAUCGCGACUUCGAAACGCAAAAGGUGUGCUACCUCCCCUUCACCACGUUCGUGUUGAAGCCCCUCCACCGGCUGCUGCAGUACCAGUCAUUGCUCGACAAGUUGCUGGCUCAUUACGGGUCCAGUCAUCCGGAUAGAGCCGACUGUUUGAUGGCCAGCGACACUUUAAAAGACCUGAUCCCCCCAGUGCGCGAAACUUUGGAACAUUCCGAAAAUUUGGCGAUGCUCUGCGAGCUGCAAAGGGACAUUACCGGCUUCGACAAUCUGAUCCAACCGGGCAGGAAGUUCAUCCGGCAUGGGUGCCUGUUAAAACACUCGCGGAAGGGCUACCAGCAGAGGAUGUUCUUUUUGUUUUCCGACAUCCUGCUGUACACGUCACGAUCGCAGGCAACAUUGCAAUUCAAAGUGCACGGUCACAUGCCCCUCCGUGGAGUACUGAUCGAGGAACCCGAGGGCGACCUCUCGUUUAACGGUUUGAUCAUAUACGGAGGCAACAGGGCGCUGACGGUCGCGGCCAGCUCGCAGGAGGAGAAAGACAAAUGGAAGCAGGAUCUGCAGACUGCGAUACAGCACGCCCGUGACAAGUCCGACACGAAAAUUACCUAUUUGAGCUUGAAAAGUUGCAGCUCAUCUGACGAGCACGUAGACCAAGUGAGCGUCGAGGCUAGCACCCAAACCAAACCCCAGGCUCAAAGGAACAACACGACGGUGCACGUGUGUUGGCACCGCAACACCAGCAUCAGCAUGAAGGACGAAUUGUCGGCGGUCGAGAACCAGCUUUCCGGUUACCUGCUGAGAAAAUUUAAGAGCAACAACGGCUGGCAAAAGUUGUGGGUGGUGUUCACGUCGUUCUGCCUGUUUUUCUACAAGGGAUGCACGGACGAUUUCCCGUUGGCGUCGCUACCCCUACUGGGCUAUUCGGUGGGGCCGCCGUCCGCCGACGAUCAGAUCGCCAAGGAUUACGUCUUCAAACUCCAAUACAAGAACCACGUGUAUUUCUUCAGGGCCGAAUCGGAGUACACGUAUAGCCGGUGGAUAGAAGUAAUAAACAGUGCAACGCAGCAUAAAAGCAAAAGGCUACCUCUCAAAGAUCCGAACGAGAUUUCUUUGGUACUUCCAGAUUAAAAUUUUGCCUCGUCAACAAUAUUUAGUUUGCGGCAAGUAUGUAUUAAACAAGCAUUUACUCUGACGAUCCAUUCCCCGUUUUAAUAAAGAGAAAAUAAAUUGUGCCUUAACAUUAAAAUUAUAUUUAUAAAUCGUGUUGUAAAUAUUUGUAUAUUUUAAUAAAUGUACUUUUAUAAAAUUUUACCGAUUAACCCCGGAAAUUUUUGAGGAAUAAACUGUUGUAAUUGAUUACUUUUACUUUUAUUUAUUUGUAAUUAAUAUUUUUUUGAAUUUGUUGACUGGAAAUUGGAAUAUAUUGUAUAUGACGGCUGAGAGUUUUUAUAAAAAUAAUCUCCCUCUAUUCCUGUUCCCUCUACUUGCAAUUGCAUAUUAUUUGAUUUUUAUUUUGUUAUAUACCUUAAUUUUUGCAUUAUUAAACGAACACUGAUUAUAAAAAUACAUAUUUUUAAAUUGGGGAAAAACUAUCCCUUAUUCUCUUAUCAAGGAAGCCAGUGUGUUGCAGUUUUCUUCACCCAAG